AUGCGAGGGAAAGUCACACUAGACGACAUGGGUGUUAAGUUUGCGCGGCGUUUCGGUGAGGAGAGUCUCUUCGAUCCGUACGUUGAUGCGGUACAUUGUAUUAAUCAGCUUGGUCUACCUGGCCAAACGCUAACCACCAAAUUAAGCGUCUUGAUGCAGUGGUCUAGCGACAUCAAUCUUUCUACUCGUCUUGCUCAGAUACGUGCGGAGGAGGGUACACGAGAGGCGUCAAGCCCUUUGUUGGAGGGCCCGUCUCAGGGAUAUCGACCCGGAUCGACAGAUGAUCUUCUGCCUAUUUACCAAUACGUCAUCAGUCAAUGCUCCGUUAGAAACCUUUAUCCUCAUGCCAAAAUGCUUGCUGAUUUUUCAACACAGGAGAGCUUUAUCGACUUGAGCUCGCAAGACAAUUUUCGCGUUACGACCUUUCUGAUAUGCACCAUAACCCUGAUGCGACUUAGUCAAUCGAUACGAGACGAUCAUAAUGUGCUGGUCCCCGCAAGUUUUCGAUUAGAGCGAAUGAUGUUAGUGAUUGAGGCGAUACCGAAGUAUGUGUGUGAAUUGCACAAAAAACUCAGUCUAAGCGUAGGUGCGCAGGGCUUUUUUAGGCAUAAAGACAGCACCCGCUUAUUGUCCAUUGUUCGCGGUUAUGUGAAGUACUGGAUGCCGCAUGUUAUCGAGCGUGCAGCCUGUCGAGUUGGGCACACACGCGUUUCUCACCAGCCUCUGUACCUUUGGUUGACGGACACAACCCUGUUUGAAAAGCAAAUAAUUGAACUAGUUCCGAUGCGGUGCAAAGAGGUACCUGAUGAGGUUCGUUUGCUUUGCUGGUCGGUCGCUGGAAGCCUAAUGAAGGCGGUAGAUUUGCAGUUUGGCGCAUACAGGGCGUUGCCAUCACCUCGUUGUGUGGAGUUCAACUUGGAAGAAGGUUGCGGUGCAUGCACUGAGGCAAGCGAUACGAAUUCGGUUGUUUUUGUUGUCACCUGGAAACAUUUCCCAUUGCCAAGCUUUUUGCUUUAUGCGGCGAGUGUUUUGCGUGAUUCACUAUGA